AUGUCUUCGCUUACGGAGAUCUCUGUGUCCUCGCCAGCCGAUUUCCAUGUCCACCUUCGCCAGGGACCUAUGUCUUCCCUGGUUACCCCUCACGUUCGCGAGGGAGGGUUCAGUUUGGCCUAUGUAAUGCCCAACCUUAAACCCCCAAUUACAACCACCGAGCAAGCUCUCGCCUACAAGCACGACCUCGAGAAGAUCGAUCCGCGCGUUCAUUAUCUCAUGACGUUGUAUCUGUCCCCCGAGCUCACGCCUGACGAAAUCAGGAAGGCAAAGAAAGCCGGUAUUGUAGGUGUAAAAUCGUACCCAAGGGGUGUGACGACGAACUCGGAUGGCGGCAUCGAGUCGUACGAAGUGUACUACCCGGUAUUCGAAGCAAUGCAAGAAGUUGAUAUGGUGCUAAAUUUGCAUGGCGAAGUGCCGUCCGACGCAUCAGCCAAUGUUCAUGUAUUAAAUGCGGAGCCCACGUUCCUUCCGCAUCUCUUUGCCCUUCACGCAGCAUUUCCCCGAUUGCGUAUAGUGCUUGAGCACGCCACAACGCGGGUGGCAAUAGAAGCAGUCAAAUCCUGUGGUAACACCGUAGGAUGCACGAUCACGCCCCACCACCUUGCCUUAACGGUAGACGACUGGGCUGGUCAAGCCCUCAACUUCUGCAAGCCGGUUGCAAAAUACCCAGAUGACCGACAAGCGUUGAGACAGGUUAUAAGGGACGGUCACCCUCGUUUCUUUUUGGGCUCGGACUCUGCGCCCCAUCCAUCUCAUGCGAAAACAACGUGUGCGACUGACCACGGAUGCGCCGCGGGAAUUUAUACGUCGCCAAUCCUUCUCCCACUUGUGACCGACCUUCUCGAUUCGUUCGGAGCCCUGGACAAGGUGGAGGGAUUUGUGAGCCGCUUUGGAAGAGUGUUCUACAAAGUGGACGAGCUGGCGCCAGCGCUCCGGGACGGUGGUGAUGCGGCUGUGGUUCUCCGACAAGUGCCCCCGGAACGUUUGCAAGAUAAUAGGGUGCCCGAGAGGUACGUGUCUGCAGAUGGACAAGAUGUUAUACCCUUUUGGGCUGGGCGAGGGAUUCGAUGGGAGAUUGUGAAACAGUGA